AUGUCACUAUUGCAUGUCAAAACUGCAGAAAUCGUAAAGCGCGAUGCAGUGGGAAGCCAUGCUGCCAGCGCUAAAAGAGGGCCACCAAAGAAUGCACAUAAAGAAAUUAUAGAGUCACGACUUUCAAGAAUCAGGGAAUACUCUCAAUCUCCGCCAAAGUCAAAUCCUGAUUAUCCGACCGUUCGAAAUGGCUUCAAACCGGGAUUACCGUUAUUAAAGUCUCCGCAAUGCAGUCAUAUGAUUUCUAGAGGAAUAUUAGAUUUUAACUGUGUAUCUCCAAUGAACUCGAGUUCGAUGCCUUUUGAGCUCAAAGAUAAUAUGAGUUCAACGGAUCCGUUUUUGCCAUCAAUAAAUUUUCGAGAUAAUUUUUUACCAAAAAUCGUAAACAAUAUCGAAGAGAUCCGACCUUCUCUUCCAAACAUUUCAUCAUUUCCUGAUUCAUAUAAUCCAGCACCACAAUUUUCAUUACCAAAUUCAUUUUUAACUCCUCGCAGUCUUCAAGAACCGAGAAAUGAUAUAGAAAUUUCUCACCAAAACUGUUACAAUGAGAGACAAGGGAUUUGGC